CGGGCGCCGUCUGGAGCUGCCGCGAGCCCCGUGUCCCCUCCUGGGCGCGGGAUAGAGAGCAGGGAACGACACCGGGAGGUUCUUUGGAAUAAGAAAAGUAGAACCUAAGGUUCACUAAGAAGCAUUCCCAUUUUUUCUGGGAAUAGGGCAUUAAGGCCAGUCAUGCCCGUGAUGCAGCAAGUCGCAGUUAUGUUGCAAAAAAAAAACAUGCUGAGCCCCUAAAAGCCCUUUCGUUGCCUCUUAUUUAAGCUAAAGCUUUUUAUUAUUCCUGCCUUUUAUCAUCAAAAUGUGAAUGAUCAGGAACCAGUUUAGCUCAUCCUGUUACUUGACUAAGGGCACCUGGGAAGUAAGAAUAUAGACACCCUUCCCCGCCACCCACCCACCGUGUGUUAGAGCAGUUUCCUAAGGCCCUCCUGCCUGGUUACCCCCGACUCUCCUAUAAUCUUACAGGUGGAGCAGGGCAUUUUUCCUCCCUUUCACAGCAGGAGUUGGGGCCCAGAGGUUUAAGUGCCAUGGCAAGGCCAAAACUAGAACCAGGUGUCAGGGUCCUUUUGUGUUGCUUUGUUGCCAUUCAUCACGUCAUCCCCGGCACCUCCCCUCUCCUGGACUUCCCUGUCCAUCUGAAUAUGCUAUGCUGUCUCCACUCAGUCAGUCAUAGCGGCUCCCUGAGGCUCCUUAGAGUGGGUUUGCUGACCACACCAUGGCUCUGAGUGACCCACAGUGAAAUGAGAGCGCAUGGAAGGAAACAGGAGGUGGAAAUUAAUGUUUGUGGGCACCAGCUAUGUCCAAAUGACUGUGAUGGCUGGGUUCCUGUUCUAAUUCUUUGAGGGUUGGGGCAGAGGGACACAGGGCACUCAGAUACCUCCCGGCUGUGAGGAGAAUGUUCUGAGCAGACUGCCUCAUAGCCAGAGGAAGACCACUCAGUCCUUCACCACCUUGUCCACUCCCAGGAACAGGGAACAGUCGGAACUGCUUGCCCUCAUGACCUCUCUGUUUUAAGCAUUUGCAGGCCCCAGGAUGCUAUGCUGCUCCAUGAGCUGGUCACCGAGUCUGUAAACAGCAGCCCUUUCUGAACCUCUGGCUGUCUGGAAGCUCUGCUGUGCUCCUCGCCAAGAUGAAGUGCGUCUUGGUGGCCACAGAGGGCGCAGAGGUCCUCUUUUACUGGACAGAUGAGGAGUUUGAAGAGAAUCUGCGGCUGAAGUUUGGGCAGCCAGAGAAUGAGGGAGAAGAGCUUCCUGCCCUGGAGGACCAGCUCAGCACCCUCCUGGCCCCAGUCAUCAUCUCCUCCAUGACAAUGUUGGAGAAGCUCUCAGACACAUACACCUGCUUCUCAACAGAAAACAGCAACUUCCUCUAUGUCCUUCACCUGUUCGGAGAAUGCCUGUUCAUCGCCAUCAACGGAGACCACACAGAGGGCGAGGCGGACCUGCGGCAGAAGCUGCGUGUGCUCAAGUUCCUGUUCGAGGUGCACUUCGGGCUGGUCACUGUGGAUGGCCAGCUCAUCCGGAAGGAGCUACGGCCCCCAGAUGUGGAGCAGCGCAUGCAGGUGUGGGAGCAUUUCCAGAGUCUGCUGUGGACCUACAGCCGCCUGCGGGACCAGGAGCAGUGUUUCGCUGUGGAGGCUGUGGAGCGGCUGAUUCACCCUCAGCUCUGUGAGCUGUGCAUAGAGGCACUGGAGCGGCACGUCAUCCAGGCCGUGAACUCCAGCCCCGCGCGGGCCGGCGAGGAGGCCCUGCACGCCUUCCUGCUCGUGCACUCCAAGCUGCUGGCCUUCUACUCCAGCCACAGUGCCAGCUCUCUGCGCCCAGCCGACCUCCUCGCCCUCACCCUCCUGGUUCAGGACCUCUACCCCAGUGAGAGCACGGCAGAGUCCGAGGACGACCCUCAGCCUUCCCCGCGGAUGCUGCAGAGCAGCCAGAACAUCCCCUUGCAGCAGGCCUGGAGCCCUCGUUCCUCAGGCCCCCCCAGGAGUUCUGCAGGGACUGAGACAGACAGCUUCUCCCUCCCUGAGGAGUACUUCACCCCAGCUCCUUCCCCAGGGGAGCAGAGUUCAGGUUCAGGUAGCACCAUCUGGCUGGAUGGGGGAACCCCACCCACUGAUGAUUCCCUGGUCCAGAUAGGAGAAGACACACUCCAAACACUGAUCCCCAGCUCCCCAGCACCUUCCUGCCCUAGAAGGAUUUUCCUGGAUGCCAGUGUGAAAGAGAGCUACUGCCCCAUGGUGCCCCACACCAUGUACUGCCUGCCCCUAUGGCCAGGCAUCAACAUGGUGCUCCUGACCAAGGGCCCCAACGCGCCCCUGGCCCCCGUCCUCUACCAGCUGCUGGAUGGGUUUUCCCUGCUGGAGAAGAAGCUGAAGGAGGGGCAGGAGGCCCGGAGCUCCCUGCGGUCCCACCCGCUCAUGGGGGACCUGCGCCAGAGGAUGGACAAGUUUGUCAAGAAUCGUAGGGGCCAAGAGAUACAGAGUACCUGGCAGGAGUUUAAGACCAAGGCCUUCUCCAGAAGUGAGCCCGGAUCAUCCUGGGAGCUGCUCCAGCUGUGCGGGAAGAUGAAGCGGCAGCUUUGCGCCACCUACCGCCUGAGCUUCCUGACCACAGCUCCCAGCCAGGGAGGCCCUCAGCUGCCCCAGCACCUGCAGGACCAGGUCCAGAUGCUCAUGCAAGAAAAGCUGAUGGACUGGAAGGACUUUGUCCUGGUGAAGAGCAGGAGGAAUGUCACCAUGGUGUCCUAUCUAGAAGACUUCCCAGGCUUGGUGCAUUUCAUCUACGUGGACCGCACAACUGGCCAGAUGGUGGCCCCUUCUCUCAGCAGCAGUGAAAGGACCUCGUCAGAGUUGGGCAAGGGGCCCCUGGCUGCCUUCAUCAAAACCAAGGUCUGGUCUCUGAUCCGGCUGGCACGAAGAUACCUGCAGAAGGGCUACACCACGCUGCUGUUCCGCGAGGGGGACUUCUACUGCUCCUACUUCCUGUGGUUCCAGACCGAGAUGGGGUACAAACUCCAGAUAAUCGAGAUGCCUGUCCUUUCCGACGACUCAACUCCCGUGGGCAUGCUGGGAGGAGACUACUACAGGAAGCUCCUGCGCUACUACAGCAAGGGCCACCCAGCCGAGGCCGUCAAGUGUCAUGAGCUGCUGGCCCUCCACCUGUCAGUCAUCCCCAUAGACGUGCUGGUGCAGCAGGCAGGGGAGCUGGCCCGGCGCCUGUGGGAGGCCUCCCGUGUCCCCCUGCUCUAGGCCAGGGUGGACUGCUGGGUACAGUGGCCCAUGCACCCUGGUUCUCCAGCCCCCACCCCCAUUUGCAUACAUUCCCCCUGCAAGAGCCUUCUUCUGUCCAUGACAGCCACCUGAGGAUGGGACAGUCCCCCGGGCAGCCCCAGAAUCUCUUUUCUUUAUUCCUUUUUUGUUUGUUUGUCUUCUUCUGUCCCCCCCCCCUCAGGAUUUCUUAAAGAAACCUCAGCUGGAGCAGCCUCCACUCCAGGCAGUGACCAAACCCCCAGAUGCUUCCGUCUGGAGGAGGAAGGGGUCCAAGAGGCUCCCUUGGUCUCCUUAACAGCAGUGGCUGUGAGGUUGGAGCUGGGGCAGCCCCUCUUCCAGAGCUGGUCCGGUUACCCCCAGGAGACAGGGAGGAAGUCCCAUUGCCCAUAUCUGAAGACACCUACCCUCUGCCUUUGUAGAAAGUAGGAAGAGCUCCCUCAGGAAGCCAUUUCCCUCCCCAGGUGACAGGUGCUCCACUGGCCAGGUUUGAAUUCCAACUCUGCCACUUCCUCUCUGCUAUCCUGGGCAGGUUUCCCAAACUAAGCGUGCCUCCCCACGUGUGGAGCAACAGUACCUCCCCUUCAGGGUGUUUAUAGGUGCUGCUGGACAGGAGUUGUGUGCUCAAUAAAUGCUGGUUAUGAUUAUU